AAAAAAGGUACAUUCCCACGACAUUCUGACGCUCCAAUUGCAUCAGUCCUCAUUUCGAUUCCCUAUUUUUCUAUUCUUCUUCUUAUUUGUUUGCAAUUUACUCCUUUUUAUUUUCCUUCUUCUUUUCAUUGUAAUGGACUAACUGGCCAGAACCCCUUCGAUUCUUCAUCCGAUUCCUUCGACAAUCAAUAGACACUGACUGCAUUUUACACUGCUAAAUAGGAUACUAACGAUUCGAUCGUAUAGCUUACAUUAACUAUAUCCGAGGCUUUAUAACCCAAUUCGCCUCUUACCUCCUAUUUUGCUGCUGUCCAAUUGUGCCUGUCGGCAGUUCUUGACUUCGCCUCCCGUCCCCCUUCGCAUCCGUUGCGGCACCUCACUCCAUUACCUCUCCCAAUUAGCCUCUCCGCCUUAUAUCCCUUAAGUUGGACGUAGGACCAUAUUCAGAAUGGCCUCUGAGCAGCCUGGAUUAAUUGUGAACGGCGGUACUGCCGCCGCAGCCUCCAAAUCGCCCGCUGAGCUGCUCCAGGAAAAACACGCACGUGAUGAAGCCCAUCAACCCACAAUCGAAGAGGUACGGGACGAAGAGGAUAUGCUUCACCCACCCCCGUCUUCAGCGACGGCUGAACCAGCGCCAGCCAGAUGGAAAGACACGGCAGCCAAAGAUGAAGCUGCAAACUCGGUGCCGAAGUCCAAGGUAGUGCCCUUCGACGUGAAAUGCGAAGAGCUUUUUCCGGCCUUAGGGAGUGGGUCCAAAUCGCGAGUGCCUGCAGCAAUGCCAAUGGCAUGGGAUGGUCGCAAAGCAGCUGCUCCAUCCGCCGGUUUGGCUAAUGGGGGAUCACGGAGUAGCGUUCCGUCCCGUACAUCAACUCCAACUUCCGGAGUUGCAGCUCCACUUGGAGGCCCAAGAUUAGCAAUGCCCGGCAAGCACGUUGAGCAGAUACGCUUUGCACCUUCUCAAAUGCUGCCGCGAAACAAGCUAAGCAAGCCCCUCGCUGAUAUCGUCAGAGAUAUCAGUAGAAAGUCUAAGGCCAGGUUGGACGUUCGUGAGGGGCCAGGUGGCUCCUAUAUCUUUGAAGGCACGGGCACAGUGGAUGCUGUUCGGCAAGCCUUGAAAGAGGUCGCUCAGCAGGUCGGCUCAAAGCAAUCCGUUCGCAUCCCGGUUCCAGCGUCCGCACGCCCACAUAUCAUUGGCCGCCAGGGAACUGUAGUACAGGGAAUCCACGACCGAACUGGCGCACGAAUCCAGGUACCCAAACCGGAUGAUUCAACUCUGCAAGAUGAGGAUGACGACAGUAAUACUAUUGAUGUCUUGAUCGAAGGUGAUGCUGUCGCAGCUGAGAUGGCAAGACGUGAAAUUGAAGCUAUCGUGAAGGAAAGAACAUCAAGCAUAAACCUUAAACUGAAAAACAUCCCACCUGAGCUGUUCCCAUUCAUUGCGGGAGCACACAAUUCCCAUCUGAAUGAUCUCGAGGAGCGUACAAAGACCCAGGUUCGAGUUCCUCGCUAUGAUACCUGGUCAAAGAGACCACCGCCCCAGGAAGCUCCAGUUGGCCAGAUUCAAUUCACCGCUGAUCCAGAUCGGCAUAUUCAUGUCUUCGGCGAUCGCAUGGGUGCGCAGGAGGCUCGUGCUGAGAUCGAGAGGCGUGCACUGGAACUUGAGCGCCAAAUUGGCUUGCGCCACCUAGCUAUCAACCGCGGACAACAUCAGUUCAUCAUCGGAGACAAAGGACACUCUUUGCACGACUUUUUGGCCGAAACAGGCUGCUCGGUCAUCCUGCCCCCACCUUCUGAUGCGACGGAGUUUCUGACAGUCAUCGGUCCUCCUGACAAGAUCGAAACCGGAAUCAACCGAGUCAUGGAUCUUGCCACGAGCAUGCAAAUGGCUAGCAUCGAUAUCUCACGUCAACAUCUUAAUGCCCCAUCUGGGCCACAUGCUUAUGCCCAGGCACUCACAAUGUAUCUGCAACAGCGCCAAAUAGUCAGGGAUCUUGAAAGGAUGCACAAUGCUCACAUUGUCCUGCCGCUAUUGACGUCGAGUGGACCCGUUGUCUGGGAAGUUUAUUCCAGAGACGGAAGAAACACCAUUCUCGCGCGGUCUGAUAUCUUGAAUCUAGUGCAGGCUCACCCUCCCUCAAAGCUUGCCACUUUAUCCGUGGACCCUUACUAUCAUGACUUCCUUCGUUCUCGAAGUGCACCAGUGCUGAAGGAGAAGUACGGGGUUUAUUUGGUUGUCCCAAAUAACUCGGAAACUUCAGACAUUUUGCUGGUCUGCGAGGGACCCGAUCAAACUGAGGUGCCAAGGCAACGCCCAUCAACAGAAGAAAUCGCAGCUUUUCAGCGAGCUCUAAAUGAGGCUCAGACGUAUCUUCUCUCGUCUCUAGGAGACCAGAGUAAUAUCGUAUCUAAAUCAGUUCCAGUUCCUUCAAAGUAUCAUGACAAGUUACGAAAGUUUGUUGCACGUGAAGAAAGCGCUAAAGGAGAGGAUCAUAUUCCAGUGCGCAUGUUAGUGGCUGACCAGCAGGCUUCACUUCGCGGGCGAUCAAGAGAUGUUCAAGACCUAGUACCCAAGAUUAUUGCAUUUGUUCAAGAGCAGGAGCAAGAUGAAAAGGAACGAGAUAACAAGAUAUCAUUUGAAUUCCCACAGAAAUUUGCCAAUGUCCUUAUCGGGAGAAAAGGAGAGAAUAUUAACAAGCUCCGGGAUGAAUUUGAUGUUGAUAUCAAGGUUGAAAAUGGCAAAGUUGAGGUCAAAGGACCGCCAACCAAGGCAAAUGCGGCGAAAGCUCGAAUUAUUGCUCUUGCAAAAAAAAUGGAGGAUGAGACCACAUAUGUGCUCAAGAUUGCGCCUCAGUAUCACCGCGACUUGAUCGGACAGAAGGGAAGCCAAGUCAAUCGCCUACAAGAACGGUACAAUGUCCGUGUGCAGUUUCCCAGGGCAGCUUCUUUGGACGAAUCUGUCAAUGAUGCCGCAAGCGAGGCCGGCAGCGUGCGCAACACCCGUUCCAACCAGGCACCUGAUGAGGUCGUUAUCCGAGGACCUCGUAAAGGCGCAGACGGUGCCAGAGAAGAGAUUCUUAGCCUGUACCAGUGGGUUGCCGACCACUCUUACACUAGUUCAGUAUCAGUUUCCCAGAGUCAGAUUCCUUCAUUAAUCGGGCAGCGUGGUCGUGAGAUGGACAAACUUCGCACGGAGACUGGUGCACAAAUCGAUGUUCCUUCAGUGAAUGACGUUGCGGAUGCUUCUGGACGAGUCGAAAUUAAACUCAAAGGCACCAAGAAGCAGGUGGAGGAUGCCCGUAAGCUUCUCUUGCAACGAGCCAAGGAGUUUGACGAAACGGUGACAAAAGCGAUUGAUGUUGACAAGAAGCAUCAUAAAUCACUUAUCGGUGGCGGUGGUGCGAACAUCCGUAAGAUUGUCGUUGAAUGUGGUGGGCCAGACGACGGAACUGCGGCUCGAAUAGUUAGAUUUCCACGCCCUGAGAGCGAUGAUUCGAGCAUACGCUUAGAAGGCAAGGAAGUCAUUGUGGACAAGAUCAUUGCCGCCAUUCAAGAGUUUGUUCGUCAAAAAGAAGAUGAAGUCGUCAGUUCCAUUGACGUUCCCCAAUCCCAACAUCGGCAUCUCAUCGGGCGUGGUGGAGAUACCAGACGUCAAUUGGAAACCCAGUUCAACGUCGUACUGGAUGUACCCAAACAGGGAUCCAAUCGCACUGACGUCAAAAUUAGAGGUCCUUCCAGCUUUGUAGAAAAUGCGAAGACCCAUAUAUUAGCCAUGCUGAAGGAGCAGCAAGGCGAAACCGUGAACGUGCCUCGAAGUCUCCACCAUGCCAUCUCAGAAAAUGGCUCAUUCUUCCGGCGGUUGCGAAAUGACCACCAGGUUACGGUUGAUCACGCUGGAGAGCAAAUACCUCCACGGCCGAGCCCGACAAAAUCUCGGGAUGCCGACGACGUUGGCUCGCUGCCGCUCAUCACUGAUGAUCCGGCAGCUGCGACUGACGCUUUCUCCUGGAAGGUUGUUGAUUCCAGCAACGAUAACGUGCCUGCAGGCACGAUCCCUUGGGUGCUUUCUGGGAAGCCAGAAAACGUUGCAAAAGCACGAGCUCUCUUGGAGAAAGCGAUCCUGACGGCUUCCCAACCCUCGGCCACCGGAUAUUUGAUCCUUCCCGAUCCCAGGACUUACCGCUUCGUCAUCGGACCUAAUGGCAGCCAGAUCAACGCCAUCCGGAAGCGUACCAACUGUAAAAUCAACGUCCCUAAGGAUCAGGCGAGAGACGAAGCCAUAGAGAUCAAGGGCUCAAAGGAGAGCCUGGAGCUUGCGAAAGAUAUGAUUUUGGAUGCCGUCAAGGUAGGGACUAGUGGAAAUGGAAGGGCGUGAUCACCCUCCCUUGUUACCUCAUAUCCCACGUCUGGCAGUUGGAAUACAAUAUACGCCCAUGUAUAAAUGCGACACCAGAGACGUUUAAGAGAAAUUUAUAUGUGAAAAGCUUCAUGGAUUGGCUUGGAAAAGUGCGGGAUGCGAAUUUUGCGCUUUUCUGACAUAUAUAUAUAUAAUACCAGUUUGUAUGUAACUAUUGUACUUUAGAGCGUUAAUGCAAAAGAGCGACAGCUUUGGGAGUAGCCCA